ACCAUCUCACUGCUAGACCCUCGAACAUCUUUGCAUUCCAUUUAUUUAAUUGCAAAAUACAAAUCCAAUUCCUUCAUCGUGACCUUGUCAGAAAGAGCUAUAUUCUUCAUCUAACCACGUGAAUCUGCUAGUGCUAUUUCUCUUUCCCAAUUUGUUCACCACCCUGUAUUGCCCACUAUUGGUAUAAACUGAAAUUCCCGUCUCCCUAUGAGUGACAAGCAAAUAUAUUCAGCCACGUAUUCCAACGUACCGGUGUUUGAAUAUGUAACAUCUGAAGGGCCCAUAAUGAGAAGAAAGGCUGAUUCUUGGAUAAAUGCCACUCACAUUUUGAAAAUUGCCAAAUUCCCUAAAGCAAGAAGAACUAGAAUAUUGGAAAAGGACGUACAGACUGGAAUCCACGAGAAAGUCCAGGGGGGUUACGGAAAAUAUCAAGGUACAUAUAUCCCGUUGAAUUUAGGAGCUGAAUUGGCUAAGACUUUUGGGGUUUACAAUGUUUUAAGACCCAUCUUUGACUUCACUUACAUUGAAGGUAAGACUGCCACUCCUCCUCCUGCCCCUAAACAUAACCAUGCGUCUGCCUCUAAUGUGGCUAAUAGAAAUAAUUCCAACUAUGAAUUGGCUAGAAAAUCAAAGUCCACCAACUCCAUCAAUGAGCCUCCUAGAAAGAGAGGUAGACCCAAAAGAGUCACGUUAAACCAGCCACCGGCGUUAAAACAUAAUGAUACUACUCCUAUAAUGGGAGAAUCUAACACUGCUAGUUUCAGGAAAGCUGUGCGGCAAGAUACAGAGCAAGAUGCGUUAUCUUUGAUGGCUAAUCAUAUGAGCCAGCAAAAUAGAAUGAACCACCAGAAUGUUAAAGAUGAAGACUUGGAAUUAGUGGAUAACACCAGUGAUGAUAUUGAGGAUGCAAAUGAAGAUGAUGGGUUUCUUUCUGGUAAAGAACUAUUUGGUACUCCUCGUAAUUCGUUUGAAAGAAUUGUUAAUUUUCAUAAUAAUGCGAAUCCCACGCUUAUGGCAUCAUAUUCCCGAAUGAAUUCACAUGAUCCUUAUGGGUUAUCACAGUAUCAUCACCCACAACAGAAUAACCAGUUACGGUCGUUUAAGGAUGAUCAAAUCUAUGGCGAUUAUUUCACCAACUUGUUGAACUUCUUUCUCGAAGAUAAUCAGCUGCAAGGAAACCCAGCACCAACCACCGAGAAUACGCCGAAUGCCAAAACUGAAAAGAAAACUAAAGAUACAGUGAUACCGAAGAACUUGUUGAAUCCUCCUCAGCCGAUUUCAAAGAUUAAUAUUAAUCAGCCUGUAGAUAAUGACGGAAACACCAUAUUCCACUGGGCUUGUUCAAUGGCCAACUAUGCAAUGAUAGAGUUUCUAAUCAAUAGUUUUCCAAAUAUCAUCAACUCCACCUUGAAAAAUAAUAAUGGGGAGACGCCAUUGAUGUUCUUGAUCAAAUUCAGCAACUCAUAUCAGUUGAAGAACUUCCCAAACUUGUUGGAUUUAUUAUUUGACUCAAUACUAUCGGUGGACAUUUAUAACAAGACAGUCUUACACCAUAUUGCCUUAUCGGUAAUUCCACCACAGAAUAUGGUAGAAUCAAGUUUCAAUGGGAACGAUGAAUCUCAACUCAAUAACUAUCUCAAGAACAAAGAGAGAAUUGCACGCUACUAUAUUGAACAAUUAUUCACGAAAAUCAUCGAAUUUCAGGAUUUCAACAAUAAUGAUACCAGUGCCAAUGAAUUAAUAAGGAAGUUUAUCAAUCACCAAGAUUCUGACGGCAACACAGCAUUCCAUCUCAUUGCCUAUAACUUGAAUAAGAAAUUGAUCAAGGUUUUCAUCAGUUAUCACGAGUUUAUUGAAUUUGGUAAGAAAAACCUCGUGAACUAUUCGGUUGAGGAGUACUUGGCGUCACACAACUACAUUUUGAAGUUGGAGAAUGACCAAGAUGAUUCACAAGACAGUAAGGCCCAGCAUUUAAUCAGUGACAAAGCUACCAACUCAGAAAGUUUUGAGAGCCAGUUAUACUACAGUAAAAUGACGGUUAAUUUGACCAAUACUACGUCAAACUUGAUCACCGAAAAGCUCACCGAGUUACAGUUUUCAAUCGACAAGGAAUUGAAUGAAAAGGACGAAAAGCUCUUGAAGUUGAUCACCACAAACUCCAAGUUUCAAGCAAUGAAAGUGGCUCAGCAAAAAUUGAUUCUCAAGAUAUUCAAGUUGGAUUAUCUAAUAAAGGAUAUCGGAGUCGAUCUACAGGUGCUUGAUCUCAAAAGAGAUAGGAUCAUCCAAGAUGAAAUCAGCCGAUUCUUGAACGACUUGACUUUUCAGGUAUUACAAAAGAAAGAAAAGUUGGACAAAAAGGUUCACAUUUUUAAGACGACAUAUCUGAAGACCACGAGAUUAAGACUAACCAAAUCUGAAGCGGCAGAAGUGGAAGCCACAAAUGGACCUGAAGAUAAGUUCCAAUUAUCGGUGGCUCUACAACAAGAAAUUAUCAAGUCCAACAAGCUUUUGGCGGAGUUUUACAAGCUUCAGCCCAAAGUGCCGGUAUUUAAUAAGGACGAUUUCAAAGAAAAUGGUGGCAUCUCCACCACCAGCAAUUUCCCAUCUGAUGACAAGCUCAACAAGUACUGUAAGUUGAUCUCGUUAUGCUGUGGCAUGGACAUUGCUGAUGUCGAAAGUUCAAUCGACUCGAUCGAACAGUCUUUAAUGAAGAGUAUGAAUUCCAAGUAAUUAAUACUAUAUAAUACAUGUAAUAUAAAAGUUCAGUUGAAAUGUGCACGAGACUAUAUGCAAGGGGAAUAGCAAUUAUAAUUGGAAAAUAAAAGUAGAUGUUGGUACACGACCCUCCAUCGUUUUAAGGGUGAUCUGGUGGUGAGUGGAGCUUAACUAGUGGUUGAGUGGCUGAUAACACAAGCCUCAAAGCGCUAAAUUCGAGCAAGCGUUCCACAGCGCUUUUUUCUUGUCAAAGCCCUCUUUGUCCUGAUAUCUCAAAUUGCGACCCGCGUAUCGAGGUUUUUUUGUUAUCGACGAUUCAUUCAACAACAUGAACAACAGACGGUACAUUCGUCUUUUCCUUGUCUUGUUGGCAACUCUGGUCGUAGUCGGGAUUACCUUGGCUGCACGACAGGGACUGCUAACUUUCGAUCUGUCAUCCUUGAAGGUUCGUCCAAAGGAAAUGUUCAAGAGUUCCAGUGCUGAAUCAUUAUGGAACCAAAUGACGAAGGGAUCAAAAAAACCCGACCAAGACAACUUCCCGCUUAGCGACUUCUUGAUUAAGAAAGAUCUCUAUCGAACUGAGAAGUUGACGGUUUUUUCUGAUCCAUAUAUCUUCACUGAACAGAAAGAGGGUGAUGAGCUGGAUAUUAAUGAAAAAUGCUCUAAGCUCAAGGUGGAACACGACAUUUUCACUAGUGCCACCAAGCUUUUACCAGCUGAGUUUGCUGAGAUAGAGAAGCAAAUCGCCAAAUCUCUGGAGUACUCCAAGAUGCUUAAGAAGGCCGAAGCAAGGUUCGAGCCCAAGAUCCCAAGGGAAAAGCAAUGGUUCCGGUUUGCUGGGUCAUCAGUUUGGUUGGAAGACCUCAACGUCCACUACAUGGUGAGUAGAUUGAUAUACUCGCCUAGCGGAAUCGCCAACCACGGAUUUGCCAGUUUCCUCUACGUACAAAUAUUUGACACGGACUGGAAUGAGAUUAAAGACACCAUGACAUUUCCUUAUGAACAACAAAUGACACAGAACGUCUUAAACACGGAUGGAUCAUUGAGUGAUAUGGUUGUGUCUUCGAAGAUUGCUUAUAGAGAAAUGAGUUUCCCAUCCAUUCUUCCUAUUCCCUUUAACUAUUUUUUGCACACCGAAAACAACAAAUAUUACUACGGGCCCGAAGACCCCCGGAUCAUCAAGAAGACCAACACCAAGCUUGGGUUCAGUGAACCCAUAGUGGUGUUCAACAUGAAGGAUAUGAGCAUCAACAAAAGAGUCAUGUUCAUGACCCUCCCAUUUUCCGGAAAUUUCAAGAUGUUGAUGAAGCUGUCUGUGCCCUUUGCCAACAUCGAGAAGAACUGGACUCCAUUCUUGUCCACGCAACAGGAUGAGGAACAUUUGAACUUUGUCUACUCAAUUAACCCACUUGAGGUGGUUACGUGUAGUAUUCGAACUGGCAUGUGUCAGUUUCUCCAAAAACACAAGAAGGAAGACGUUGACUACUUUGGGCCCUUGAGAGGUGGAACCCAACUUGAAAGACUUCCACUUGACCUGUUGCCCGACCACUUGAAAACCAAGUUUGUGUUACCCGAAAAUAGAAACAUUUAUGUGGGAUGGGCCAGAACUCACUUGAACAAGUGUGGAUGUGGAGAGUCGAUGUACAGACCCAACUUGAUCAUUUUGGUAGAGGAUUAUAAUCCCGAUACCAAACAGCUUUACUAUAAAAUGUCGGACGUGUCAGACUUUAUAGACUUCAAUGCUGAAAUUCCCAAAUGGGCCAAUCCCCAGAUUGAUGACCAGGGUAAUAUCAAGGAGGAUGAUUCCAUUUCUUCUUGUGACAAGAAUUUAAGAAACGUGUUGAUUCCAAACUCUAUUGCAUACUGGGAAGUGGAAAGCGUCAUGAACAAUGGUAUCCAAUUUGGCAGAAAGUUCUUGGAUAAAAUCCCGGCUGAAGACGUGGAUAGUGAAAUAUCCUACAAUGACUACAUGGGAAUCACAUUAUCGGCAGCGGAUGCAGAUGUGAAGAUUGUUCAUGUAAGAGGAGUGUUGGACUACAUCUCGAAGAUCGACUCUUUAUUUAACCCCAAGACGAAGAUCACCUCAAAAGAUGUUUUUGAGCUUCCUGGCAAAGACUUGAACCAAAAGUGUUCCGAGAUUGCUGCUAAAGACUAUUGUGUGAGGUACGCCGACAUGAAUGGUGGAGUCGUUACCUACUAGAAUGUCGCGAAGCCAGUUCCUUCAAUAACCGAAGAGAUUUCAUGUCCGCGCGCGUUUGUGGCAACUGCAACUGAAUUCGGGUUGUGGUUUCAAAAUUUUUGCAGUAAUAGAAGAAGCCUUGUGUACCCGAGUUUUAACAGUAUAGAAUUAGUUUUAAAGAACGCCAUCUCUGUUUUUUUUCAAA